GUGAUCGGUUCGUGGCGUAGUUCAGUGAACAAACAGAACCAUGGAUUACGGCAGCUACGAACAUUCGACGGAGGAUUUUCUGGCAAAUGGAUUCUACCAUUUUUACAACGAGUUACAGGACGAGUAUACACACGUAGAGUAUGAACCGGUGGAGCUCUCCUUACCGAGCGUUCAGCCGUUGCUCAGCAACGCCGAUCCGCCGGAUACGAUUCAGCGAAACGGAACGGAACUCCAAUCAACAGGCUCGGAAGAAAUUCUACAUAUUCUGGACGAUGUCGUGGAUCUACAGUUUGAGCUCGGUGUGGAAAACUUCGUCCUGGAAUACAAUUGUGUCGAUUUUAGUCAGCUGGGGGACAAUAAGUUGCAGCUACCGGAAAAGACGUAUCUUUGUGACGAUUCCUGUGAAGCCUUCAUUCGUCAAGCGACUGCAACGGGUGAUUUCGUGCGCCGGAUAAGUGAAGAGCCAUCUUACCAGGCAUAUCCACCAGGGCCAUCGUCGAAACCGGGUACGAAACUGAAGGAAUUCACCGAGCCAGAUUCGACGACCGGUACUUUCGUGUGUCCUUUCGAAACCUGCCGCAAGGUGUACGCUAAGCCGGUCCAUUUGAAGGCACACCUUCGUCGACACAUUGGCGAUAAACCGUACCAGUGCAAGUGGCCCGAUUGCCAUUGGCGGUUCUCGCGGUCGGAUGAACUUUCGCGCCACUUCCGCUCACAUUCCGGUGUGAAACCGUACCGCUGUACCUACUGUCCAAAGUGUUUCUCUCGAUCGGACCAUCUAGCCAAGCAUCGGAAAGUACACGAACGAAAAAUGGCCGGCAAGCUGAAGGAAGGAGUAUACUCAGAGUCAGUCCCAGUGAGGGGAAGACCGGGACGUAAACCAAAACAAACAGGGAAGAGAUCCUCGCAAUGA